CCAGAAUAACAAAAAGAAUUGCCAACAGAGAAGCGGUAGUGAGCUGUUUUAUCAGAACCGGAGAAGGCCAUGGCUGAUUUGUUGAGUAAAGUCUCUGAUGUUGAAAUAGACACCGACGGAGUAUUUAAAUACAUUCUAGUGAGGGUGAAAACGAAAGAUGGGUCUCAGCACAAAGAUAUAGUGAGAGGCACGGCGAGUGCCGAGUUCCACAAUCACAUAUUUGAGAAGGUAAAUCCUGAGAUGGAAAAUUUAGGAAUGGAAUGCAGCUGUCUGGGAGGAGGGAAGGUCGAACACAACAGUAAAGAGAAGAAAAUCAGGGUGUUCGGUCUUUCCACCGGUUAUGGAAAAGCUGAUCACUCCUUGACGGUUGAGAAAUUGAAGGCUGUCUUCAAAGACUAUGAAAUAACCUGGUCUGAUGAUAAGAAAUAGAUUGAAAAAAAUAUACAUAAUAAAAUAUUAAGGAUUGCACUAAACAUAUAUCCCACUGUUUAUAUAACAGACAUUAUUUUCCCAUGUGUAAAUAAACUUGAGUGUCAGUGUUAGAUGAAUUAUGAUGUGCGGUAUUAUAUCUUUAAAGCUAAUAAAAAUGAUUCAUACUACAUGGGAAAUUUUACCCCAAAAGUACAAUGUACCCUUUUCCCUCAUUACUAAGUUAAAGUCCUGUUAAUCUGUAUUGGAUUCAAGAAGACAAUCAAGUGUUCGGAUAUGAUUUAAGACUGAAAAAUAAAUCAGUUCAAACAG